GACAGUCCGAAUCCAAGCUCAGUCGCCCAGAGCGAGCAUCUGAUCGCGCCGCGGCCGUCGCGGCUGCAGUUGGUACAUCGCGUUCGCGUGUGUGCGUGUGUAUAAUAUCAUGUUCCUCGGCUCGACGGCUGCAUCUCCUGCAUCUCCCGGCCCGUAGCGCGAGACACGAACUGACCAACUCGACAGAGUCAGCUCCAAGUGCCUGAUAUAACCUACGCUUCCCUACCUCAGCUGCCGCGGUCGUCGCAUCACGUGUACUACUGGCCUGCUGUGCAGCCGCUAAACGAGAGGACGCCUGUAGCCGCCAUGUAGCCGCGGCCCAGAAGCAGCAGCGCAGCAUCCAGCAGCGUUGUCGUCGCAUGUCGCCGUCAAAGGAGCGAACCGCCGCCACCGACAAUGGACGCACAAUUAGGGAUGUCUCGGAACACGGGUCCCGGGUUGUACGAGUUCCUCAUGGAGGCGGAACUCCAGCAGUAUUAUGCUGGAAUCAGAGGUGAUCUGAAGGUCCAGAACACGGCGCAGCUCAAGUACGUGACGGAGGAGGACCUGUGCGGCAUCGGCAUGACCAAGCCGGAGAUGCGCCGUCUGAAGAAGUACUUCCAGAAGCACUUUCCUCAGAACUACCUGUCCAAGUUCAAGAAGAUGCUGCUGCCGAAGAAAGAGGAGCCGAUGCCCGGUAGUCUGGCAAUGCUGCCCGAGGAGCGACAGGACAGGCCGCCUAUUCGUGUGCCUAACAAGCACAUGAUUCCCGCGGAUGCCAUCAUCGUUAACAAGGAGCUCGGAACGGGAGAAUUCGGCGUUGUGCAGCAAGGCGUCUGGACCAACGACGGCGAGCGCAUCCAGGUGGCGAUAAAGUGUCUCUCACGCGAACGCAUGCAGAACAACCCGAUCGAGUUCCUCAAGGAAGCGGCGAUCAUGCAUUCGAUCGACCACGAGCACAUCGUGCGCCUCUACGGCGUCGUCCUCGACACGAACUCACUGAUGCUGGUGACCGAACUCGCGCCUCUGCGCUCGCUACUCGAGUGCCUCAAGGAGCCGAGUUUACGAGCCAGCUUUCCCGUGCCGUCGCUCUGCGACUUCUCCGUUCAGAUAGCCGACGGCAUGCAGUACCUGGAGGCCAAAAGACUGAUACAUCGAGAUCUGGCUGCGAGAAAUAUUCUCGUUUUCUCCAAGAACAAGGUCAAGAUCUCGGACUUUGGACUGUCGCGCGCGCUCGGUGUCGGCAAGGAUUACUACCAGACGAAUUUCAACGUUAAUCUAAAGCUUCCGAUCGCCUGGUGCGCGCCUGAGUGCAUAUCGUACUUGAAGUUCACGUCGGCCAGCGAUGUCUGGGCCUAUGGCGUGACCCUGUGGGAGAUGUUUAGCUACGGUUUCCAACCAUGGGCAGCGCUGACCGGUCACCAGAUCCUCGAAGCGAUCGACGAGCCGAACUUUCAGCGUCUCGAGCAGCCCGACUGUUGUCCCAAAGAUUACUUUUCGUUGAUGCAGCAGUGCUGGCAGCACGAGCCUACCAAACGACCCAAGUUUUCGGAGCUGAUCUGUCUGCUGCCUGACCUGAAACCAGAGCAAGUGCAGGCGGUCCAGGACAACUCGGAGAUCGGUCAGCUUACUUACCGGCAAGGCGACGUCAUCACCGUGCUCGACAAGGGCAGUAGCAAUACUCUGUGGAAGGGCGUGCUCAACAACGGCAAGACCGGCUUCUUUAAUCCAGCGCACACGAUAGCCUAUCUCGGAAGUAACUUGCCGAGUAAUAAGCCGGGAGAGUUCACUAGGGGAGACGGAAAGAAUAUAUUCUCGUCUCAGAGGCGAAAGAUACGCACAGACAUGAUCUCCUCGCCCCAAGGAGAUCUGAAGCACACGGGCCACGUCGGUUUGGACGGAGCCUACUUUGGGGAUAUAAGUUUUCUGGGCGGCAAGUAUCCGCAUUUGCCUCGGCAAGUCGUUACUCCGUACAAACCGCAGGAAGACGUGGCCGACAACAAUUCUAGUCAGAUGACGAGUCAGGACGUCAUGCUCAGGGGCCUCGAUAGGGACAGCAAUCGGGAAUCGAUCAGAGACAGUAGAAGCAUCCAGCAUGUGCAGCGUGACACGCAAAGCAAACACGAGAGCUUAUGGUCAGACUCAUGCUCGGAGAUAUCUCACCUGGGCAACGCAACUAACAACAUACCUCCUAGUAUGGUCAGCAGCACGGAUAGCAGUACCGUGUGCGCCGAUCACGAAUACCACGAAAUCAGCGACGAAGAGAACCAGGAGAGCCCGAGAGGAUUCGAGAAACCUCUCAGCUUCGACUUCGGCCCCAGUCUCCUCGACGAGAUGGAUCAGAUGUUCAGAUCGCUAGGAUCGUCGCCACCACCGCCACCACCUCAGGGUCAUCCGGUACCGACCGAACACGACUCUAGCAACGCGAGAAAUGAGCUGCGCGAGAUUCAGGCAAAGCAGAGCUGCAAAAAAAAGCAAGCGACCGUGAAGCCGAUCUCGGCGGCCGAUCAGAAAACGCUCUACUCGGCCAUCGCCAUGGCGCAGGAAUUGACGGCGCGUUCGAUGACGGACCUCGAGCACCCGCAGGACGCUCUCGGUAGCAGUAGUGCUGUUGGCGGUACUGGUGGCGUUGGUUCGAAUGCCUCGGCUCACUCGCCGCGUACGCCGGCCAGCCCCUCGCGACGGCGCAAGUUCUCUUUUAAGUUGCCACAUCAACACAGUCCGAAACCCGACAGACGACACUUUUCAGAGGAGGCAGCCAGUAUACCUGACAUACAGUGGCUUUGCUCGAGCUUGCAGUCCCUAUCCUCUACCGUGUCGAGCAUAGAAUCCCUCGGUGCCCCGUCAACCCUCAAACUCCCCCUCUGGGACAAGGCCUCGGCCGAGUUUUGCUUCGCCAAGUCCAGAGAGCUGCUGACCAAACCCACCGCCUGGACAUCGUACGUCGACGUGGAGUUCGACGCGAGGAUUCUAGAUAACGCCUCGGCCACGAGGCAGAAUCUCGUGAAGAGCAGUGAGUUUUUGGAGAACGGAAACUCGCACAGGAAGAGUAUCGCCAGUUGCUUGGAGUUCGAGGCCAAGCAGCAGCAUCAUCAUCAUCAGAAUGGAAAGGGGAACUUUGAGUUUCCGAAGGAGUCGAAGAGGGUUUCCACGAGCUACGUGGACAGGUACUUCGAGCAGCCAAAGUACGUCGACGAGGAGGCGGGUAUUGACUGUCCUCUGGAUUCUGAUGAGCUGUCCUACGAGGAUGAACAGAAGAUCAACGAGCUGGAGCAGUCAUGUCGCAACGCCUUCCUGGCCAACUUCCCGGAGUUCGGUAUCAUGCUGAGUGAAAAGAACAACAGAGCUGCAGCCGCUGCUGCAACGACUCAGACCAACAGGAUGAGCGAGUCGUCCAACAACAAGCCACCGCCUCUGAAGUUUGACCUACCUAAGCUGGAAGCUGUUGACAAAAGACCGGCUCCUUUCAGCCCGAGGCACCACGAGAGUCUCCAAAAGAGUAGUGCCUACAGCGGUGGAUCCUCUGAUAGCAUGAAGACGACGGUUCCGGACAGUCCUAGAGGUAACUUGGAAGCUGUAAGGAUCAACAUUCAGAGCUUCAGGAAAUACAACGAGCAGACCAACGGUCACCAGAGCAACGGGCACGGUCACGACUAUCCGUAUGCCAUUUCUAACAACCCACUGUUCAUGGAACCGGAGAAAAGGGAUUCCCCGGCGUACAGCAGCUCGGAGAGUCUCAGAGUCAAUGUGCAACGGUUGCGUAGAAAGUCGGACGCUGAGCUCAACCACAAUCAACAGCAGUUGAACAGCAAGCUCCUGGCGGAGAAGUACCAGCGAGAAGUGUCCGGUCUCGAGAGCGUCAAGAACUACCUCGACUCGAAGAAGGGACUGCAGUCAGGUUUGAACCUAGGUUUCGGCAAGCUGACCCAGAACAUGAUACAGCUAGGCAAGAAUAUCGCGCAGAACACGAGAAACCUCGGUGGUCCCGCUCAACAGCAACCACCACCCCAGAAGCCCAAGCACUUGGACCUCAACAUCCCAAAGCAGAGCAACGGCAGUUCUGGCAGUCCAACCAUGCAUCAGAGGAUCCUGGAGCCUCCGAAGCCGUACCAGAACGAACGCAAGGUCGCCGGCAUCGCCAAGACCGAGAUCUUCGUGGAGAAGAUCCAGAGCAACGCCAGCGUCUUCAGACCCAGAACCUCGUCUCUGUCGGAGAAUCGCAGACCCCACAUGAAGAACCUGCGCAGGUCGUUUCACCCCGAUACCAACGACUCCAGCGAGGACUCCGACUCGGUUUCCCACUCGGAGACCGACAUCCGCAGCAGGCUGAGGUUCAAACGCCGUCACAAGCGUAUGCCCCACAACCUCCGCCUCAACUUUAAGAACCAGAAGGCCAUGGCUGCGGCAGCCGCAGCGGCUCACCACCACCAGGCCUUUCUCCACCCGAACUCCGCGAGAGGCUUCUCUACGUUAGAACUGAGCAGUGGAAAGUCUCCGCCACCGUCGACCAGCUUCUUGAACUCUCUGUCGCCGCCUUUCUCGUCGAGAAACAACGUAAUAUCCUGGCCGGAGAGCGCGCCGAGCUCCAGCAUCACCUUCACCAGCAACUCGGAUUUGGAUUCCGACACCAGUUCGGAGUAUCCGGAGUUCAGCAGCGACGCGACGCUGUCGGAGGAGGCCAAGGAGGUGUACAACAGCCUGGUGGAGACACCGAUAGCCGGAGCGAACGGCAAUGCCGUCCCGGAGCCGGCCGAGACCAAUCCGUUGAGGAUGCUGAGGUCGGGUCUGCCGAUAGUCAGGCCCAGGAUCAGGGGAAACAAACACGCGACUAUAAUAACGACGGUCGAAACAUCUCUUUCACAGGGCGGCAGUAGAAGCUUCCACUUGGAUGGUCUUCACCAUAGCAGCGGUGCACGGACUCUUCCCAAGCUUCGAAUACCCGCACCGUCUCAAGCUCCGCCGCCGAUACCUUCGCAGCAUCAACAGAGUCUGACCCUGAACAGGCACCAUCACUCGAUGGAAAUCGAGAACAAUCAGAACCAGGGCAACGUAGGUGGCAUCGACGAAAACCCAAUACCACUUCCACCUCGAGACAGAUCCAAGACUCUUCAGCCCAAGUCCAGUCUUCCUCGACAUCAGCGAAAGCAUCCGCUCAUUAUACCCGGUGGAGGUGUCACCAGGACGUUAGCCAAGAUGCAGGCGGUAUCGAGUCCGACCAUCGAGGAUCAGGUCGACGGAAUGCAUAGGUUCUCAGCGUUUGCGGAGGAACCGGAGGACAGAGCAGCUGCCGAUGGAGCUAGCGGCGUUGAAACUAGAAGUGCGGGGACGGAGAGGCCGGUCUCGAGGAGCGAUGUCGCCUCGCCUGAGCUUACUACCAACAGUCCUGAAGAAUUCGAGCGUCGCAUAGAUUCUGAGCUCGCCGCCCUGGACUCGCUGCCAUCAGACCACCAUGACUCCAAAAGUCAGCAGCGCUGCAGCGUCAUCUCGGAGGACCUCCUAGAAUUCUCGGAAAACCUUAUCGACUGCGACGCCGAGGCGGACGACAGUGACGAGGAUAACGACACCGUUACCGACAGUCCGUGCCUCGACUCUCCGCAGACCGCCACCAGCACUCAACCCGUCAUCGAGCAGGCAACUCGUAAAAUCGUCGUCGAAGCCUCGGAAGCCGCGGAAGCCAGCAGGAACUCCACACCCACGAGUCUCAACUCUAACUCUUCGGUUUACAACAGGCUGAAGCAGCAGCAGAGUGACCAGCAGCAGCAAACCCAGAACGAAAAGGGCGAAACGAUGACGAGGACGAGCGACCACGUGUCCUGCGAGGAUCUGCUGGAGUUUGCCUGCGAUGGGCCUAACUCGCGCAGAACACGCGGUCCGAGAAAUGGCGAACAGUCCGAUGAGGUUCGAAUCAUGCUCAAAGUCCUGCACGAGCAGUCGACGCCGGAGUCGUGCGUGGCAGCGCUAAACGUCACGAACUGGGACGUUCUCGCAGCCAUCAAACUCGAGAGACUACAGGGACUGCUGAAGAAAGAGAACAACUUCGUGGGUCUUGAGGACUGCAAGGUCAUGCUGAACCAGUGCGGAGGUGACGUCGUGAAGGCUGCCGCUCUGUUGAGAAAUACCGAAGAUACCGCUGCCGUUUAAAGGGAAUGCAAAAGUUUUUCUCUUUUUGUUCCCGCGUUUUUACAAUCACUGACUGAGCAAUUUUUUAACUUAUGAUACGCGUUAAACUUAAGAGUAGAAAGAAAACGAUUUUUGUUUUCAAAUUUGCUUGAUCAGGGGUUGAUUAUGUACGAAUGUUAGUUGCUAACAGCGGAACAAAUUUAUCGAGACAAGAAUAGCUCUCUUAGAAUAUUGUUUUUAUUUGUUUCGAUAUUCGUAUUGCAAGAUUGAACGUUAGAAUUUAGUUUAAAGAAGUUGCCAUAGUGUUUAAGAUAUGCUUGCUUUCAAACCUUGCAAUAUUAAUAUUUUCAAAGAAAAAGCACUUUCCUCCAGAUAAUUUGUGACAUAAAGGUUGUACUACUCAGUAAGUAGCAAACUUUUUUUACUUCCUUAACAUAGUUAUGUUUUGGAGCAGCUUUUGUAUUUGUAUCAAUCGUUUAUUUAUUGCACCAUCGUUGACGUCUGAGCUCUUUACAAUUAUUCUCGAGAAUUAUAGGUAUACGAAAUGUACAAAUCGCGCACAAUUUGUAAAGGGAGAAAAACAUUAGCUCGAAAGAUUGCGUACGAUCAGUCGAGGCCUUUUUGAGUGUGCUUUUCUAGAAGCUACUAAGUCUUAAGGGUAAAAAUGUUCACACAGGGUGAGAAUCAUGAAAAAGAAAAAAAACAAAGUAGAGGUCGAGAUGUGAAAUGCCAAAUAUUUUGAAGAUUAUUUGUUGAAGUGUUCAAUUCAGUGUUUUUCUCUAGUAUUUUAAUGAUUCAUGUUUUUAGACUCGUUUUUGUACGCAGUUCAUUUUUUAACGUGCAGGAUAAUCGUAAGGCUUUACGGAACGCAGCAGCUCACUGAGUGAGACCUUUGUAAUUAAAUUUUGCUUUAAGAAGUUUUGUGCCAAUUUUCUGUCUAGUUUUACUAAUUUUCUAAAUAAAUGUAUAUUUUAUGGUUGAUACUAUUGCGCCAAUAAGACAAUUCCUUGAUUAACAUUUUAACUUCAAGAGUUGCUCUUUUAAAAUAACAAGCAUAGGACCUCUACGUAGUAAUUCAAUAAAACUCGAUCGAUCGAGCCCCGAACAAGCCUAAAGUCUCAUUAUGAGAAAUAAUUCGAUAAAACCAAAAGACAAACUACAUAGAAAGUCACUCGAGUUAGUUUUUAUUUUGCUAGCUUUAUGUAAAUAUAUAACACGUAGGCGGCGAAUCAUAAUAACCAAAAUCAAGAAACUAUUUUUUCAAAAAUGAUCGAAAAUCGUGAAUGAGCAAAACAACAAACGAGAAAAAACACGCAACUGGUAUUGUUCAGAUAGUUGAUGUACUUAUACGAAAUAUUUUCCGCAAUCGAUUCUACGAUAGCAAAACCUAUAAUGUCAUGCAUUUCCAACUGAGAAUGAAUCAAUUGCCUUUGUGAAACACUUGUUAAAGUAGAUUGGUUUGAAUAUGAAUUUAAUUGAAACGUACGUAGCGUUGAAGCGACAAAACUAAAAUCAGGGAAACAAUACCUUUCUCUACAUAUGCAAUAACAAUAAUCUUUGUUCUUGUUCUCGCUGAAAGAAAAAAAGAAUCUACGAGAUAUUUUUUAUCGAUCGUAGACAAUCGGCUUAUAUUAUGAAUUCUAUCGACGAUAAGAACGCGCUUUCUUCUCUCCUACUACAAAUCACUGCGUAGCAUCGACGGGCAAAUAGACAUUGUCUGAAUUAGAAUAUCGUAAGGGGACCUUUUUGUAUCACGCGUGUACAAGCGUUUGUUGUCCCGCCGUCAAUUAGAUGCGAUUUAUUUAUCUAAAGGCCGUAUCUAACUUUUAAUGUACCGAUUUUGCGUGGACAGCAUAGAACACGUCUGCGCUAAAUCUCUUUUUGAUACGUCUGAGGUAACGUAAUAAUAUUUAUACGUCGAUAUAAUAUAUACUAUACUAUUGUACGACAAAAAUAAUGCGAGAAAAGUUUUAUAUCAAUUGUAUUUACGUAAUAUAUACAAGAAUGCGUAUUAAAAACUUUGAGGAAAAAAA